UAUUUACAGUACUGGUCGUGUUUGUGAUAGCCAUAUGGGGGAAAAGAAGCAGCCCAUUCGUGCAGUUUCUACAUUUUUCACAGGGUGUUGGAGGUUGCAUCGUCCCUCUUUUGGCAAACCCUUUCCUGGCGCCAACAAAAUAUGUAGACAUUGAAAAUAAUGGAACAUAUUCCAACAUGUCUAAUGCAAGUUCUGGACCAGACAAUGCAUCAAUGGUUGCGGAGACUACUGAACCUAACUUUCUCAUAAAUGAAAACAAUGAUAUAACGGAGUCCAGUGUCAAGUAUGCUUACCUUAUUGUAGCUGUGUACUAUGGGGUAGUGGGUCUGCUUUUCUUUCUUAUUGCUAUCAAAAUGAAAACAAUUCGUGCUUUGAGACAAGAUGCCAAAACACUGAACAAUGAGCAACCGACAGAGUCAACUAAGGCACCACUUAAUAAACGCUAUAGGGUCAAAAUGCUGUUCUUAGUGACUUUGAUCUUUUACGCACAUGGUGGAGUUCAAAUAACCCUUAAUGUACUUAUAACGACUUUCUCCGUUGAAGAACUCCAAUGGACAAAAUAUCUUGGAACAGCUAUAGCGUCGGUUUCUGGAGGUGCAAUUACCCUUUCAUGUCUACUCGGAACUUUUGCAACUAAGAUAUUGUCGCAAUCCCAAAUGAUAUCAAUACAGCUAUUGAUCAUGCUCUUGUCAAUGGUCACUAUGGUAGUGUUUGUUCAGACGCACACUUAUGUUUUAUGGGUGACAGUCAUUUUUACUGGAUUAUCAAGUGGCAGUAUGAUGGCUUCAAUAUAUUCCUGGCUCCAAGAGAAUGUGAUGCCAGUAACGGGUAUAGUAGUAAGCUGCAGUAUGGUUGGUAAAUCAGUGGGUGUGAUGACAGUGCCCCUGUUGGCAGCUGGUCUAAUGGAGAACGUACAUUUCAUGUGGUUUACGUAUCUGCUACUUGGUAUUGUUGUUUUGUUGGGGGUGAUAGCCAUAUGCAUAUAUGCAUCUUUUAAAGUUCAUAUGAAUAACCAAAACGCACAAUGUGCUGUCGUGACAUAAAUCUUUUAUUUCCUUUAAAGAUAACGCAGAUCGUUUAAGCAAAUUGAACGCUCGUUUUUGAUGUUGCCUCUGCCUGUUCAUAUAUCAAUAGUUUAAGCUUGUAUUCGCGAAUGUGUGACGAAGUCAUAGCUGACCUCGUUGGUCAGUCUACUUGUUUCACUUCACAUCAGUUGAUGUCACAAUGAUCUUAUUCUGUUAAUUAUAUUGAUAAUUAUUGCGUUAUUUUGAUUAGUUUAUAUUUGUAUUAUAACCAUUGUUUUAGUGAUCUUUGAACCCAGUGUGAUAUUUCACAAUAUCAACAGUUUAAUUUCCAAUGUUUUAUCAUCAUAUUAGAGCAGUUUUUAGGCAUGAACUAUAUCUAGAGCCAAUCAAACGAAAGGAUUAUUCUUGAGAUAUGAGUGGCAGAAAUGAUAUAUGAAGUCGACUGAUGGGAAAUUUUGCAAUGUUUAGUUAAGAUGUUUAUACGUUUCGAUAGUUUUUGGCAUCAUCUUGAAGACUGCAAAUUUCUGAUAAACAAAGUAAAAAGCGAUUAAACCUAACGACCUGGAGUACAACUGACCAAAACAUCAAUACUGCUGUAUAUACUUUGCAAAUGUUUAUACCUUUAUAAUCUACAUCACAUUUUACGAAUAAUUGUAUACUUUUUAGGGUGAAAAUUGACUUAUAAAUAUGUGUAUCGGACAUAAAUUAGAUAAUGAGUUAAAUUGGAUAAUUGGAUUAAGCAUCCAGAGUUCAUGAGACGAGGCUCAGAGGUUUUGUCUAGACAUUCCUUUCCCACCAAAUUCUGCCAAAUUCUCAAACUUUCGGUAAACAUCCAAGAUUCGUGGGCAGAAAAUCAUCACUAUUCCUUAUUGACUUUCUAUAAAAUUAAACAUUUAUUUUUAGGCCAAUUUUAGUUAAUGCGAUUUCCUAAUAUUUUAUUGGAUAAGACCUCUUAUUUCGGCUCUGCCCAUUUCAAAAUUAAGAUAUAAAAGAGGCAUUUUUGGCAUUGAAACCUCAGAACCUCGUUGCGUGAACUCGGGACUAACCAAAAAACUGUAUGUAACUGAUUGAAAUGAUAUUUUUGGACUUUAAAUUUUCUUUAAUAAAUUUAUAUUUUAAACUAUAUUUGUUUUCAUGUUUUGUAAAAGAUAGAGAGACUCAACUUCGCCACAAAUGCAACUAACGGCUGGCGGCUAUCGGAUUAACCUACUAUUUUAUGACCAACUCAUUUAAAUAUGAAUGGAAUAAUAGCAGGUAUUAUUCAUAUUUAAAUGAGUUGCCCAUAAAAUUGUAGGUCAUUCUCGAUACAAGCUGAGUACAGACCAUGUAGUAUGCAUAAUUGUAGUUUGGCCAUGCCCUGAUAAUUCAGUGGCGUGCCUUAAUAAAUUCUAAACUCUACAGCUCUAUUACGUUUCAUCACGUUAACGGGCACGGGAAACAAUUCUAGAGUCUUGUUGAGCUUGCCAUCACAAGAUACCGUGAUGCAGAGGGGGAGAAACCCCAGGGUUCAAAGAUGAC